AUGAUUCCAUUAACUGGAUUUUCAGUUGAAGCUUGGGAUCACGAAUAUCCACCACCGAAUACAGAUACUAUGGAAUGGUCUCCACAGGAUCUCAACGUUCAUCAUGGUGGCAAGUUCGUAUACGUCGGUAUGCAUUAUGAGAAAGAUCAUCAACCCGUUACAAGUAUUAAUUUCUUGAUCCAAGAUUACGCGGGACCACACACGCCUGCUCAUUGGGAGUCAAUUGACGUUGAUAUUAAUAGUGGUGUUGGUGGGAAAUACAUUUACCUCAUAUGGAGGACUGGGGAAGUAGAAAAACAACCUAUUUUUAAAAUCAUAUUUAUAGAAAGUAAAAGAAAGUCACCACCAUAUUAUAAAGGAUGGAAUGUUAUUUAUAAAGACCUAUGUGCUGGGGCUGGUGGCAGUUACAUUUACGCUUAUUAUAAGUAA